AUGAAUUAUCUUCGGAAGUUAGUCUUCGCAGCACUGGUGCUGUGUGCCCUUGCACAAUGGACACAUGCUCAAACUCUUCUGUUGUACCCGGCAGUUUCGCUGAUGGAGGCCAUGGUCUACAACAAUGAUUUGGGCGAGCUGAGAAAUGUGCAAGGAGCGUUCCCAUGGUUUGUGUGUUCAUCAAGGAAUUCAACCAUCUCUGGCACAGAGUUGCUGCCUUGCGCUUCAAAUCUCACACUGUAUACCAAGCUUGACGAGACAUUGCUAACAAUGAACUUCGUGUCUGAUGAGGGACGGCCAAGACCUUUUGUACCAGAUGAUGUUGAGGUUGUCAUUGGAGGAGAGAAAUGGAAAGCAGAAUUCAAACAAAUCGGAACAGCAGAAUUCGACAUUCCAUUGAAGUUCCAGAGUGAUACGCGACCAAUCACUGUCAUUGCACAGGAAGAAAACGAGACAAGGCAAUUGAACUUGGUCCACGACAGCACCCCCCCAGUUCUGACGGUUGAGACUCUUACACCAGUUGUAAACACAGAUGAGAGAAUCCCAAAGGCUCGUUUUGCAGUGCAGUUUAGCGAAGAUGUGAUUCCGGUUCCCAAGACAGGAGUAUUCUGUAACGCCACUCUGCCAGGCCUGUUGAACAAUGUCAGUGUUGGGGACCUGCUGAAUGCAUCCAUGGCAUGCCCCUCUGGCGGUGAAUUAGACUUCAAGGGCACCUUUUCCGUGCGUGGUGCUGAUAAAGUGUCAGCCACCUUUCUUGUAAAGAACCGGCGGAUUCUCAUUGUGGCAACGGCCAAGGCUGGUGUCCCAGCAGACAUAAGGCUGACAGUGUUCAAGAAGGUCUUCAUAGAUUUUGCUGGCAAUGUGAAUGAACAAGGAGGCAGUGCACAGGCCAGGUACAGGCCAACUGUGGGAAUUGCUACCAGUGACAUUGGAGCACGUAUAGCCAGGAGGACGAUCGUGUUAAGCGAUGAUGAGGUUGUUGUUGAAGAGGAGCUUGAAAUGCCCCCAGAUGUAUCCAGUGCGAAGGCUUUUGGCACUGCUUCCUCUGCAAUGGUGGCAGCAGCAGCGGCGACCUCAAUGGCAGGUGGAGCUGCUGGAGGUGGUGGUGCAGGAGGGGGUGGCGGUGGCGGUGGGGCCCUAAACAUUCUUGGCCUUGCACAGAAAAUGUUCAUGACUGGACUGGUGGCAAUUAAGAACUUCCCUGAGAACUAUGCUGCAUUUGUUGGUGAGCUGGCAUGGACAGUAUUCGACGUUGAUUUGCCUUGGGAGGAUGAUGACAACACCACCAGAACUGUCACGCCAUUUGGUAUUGAGCGGGAGGAAGAGGGGGAGGAAGAGGAGUUUGAAGGACUGGAGAGCUUGUUGGAAGCUGACGAUGAUGAGGAUCCCAAGAAGCACCUGCUUCAGGUCCUUAUGUGGAUUUCGAUUGCAUUCCUUCUCGUCAUUGUGUUGCAUGCGCUGCUGCUGAGCUGCUGCCUGUGUCGACGGAGGCCAGUUCCAUGGCUGCUUGCUGUUCCACGCCUAGAAAUCAUGCUUGCCUUCUGGGCUGUGCCAGCAAUCACCAUAGCUGUGGCAGGCCUGUACAAAGGAGAUUUGGGUAAGAGGCUGAAGUUUUGUCUAUUUUGCGUAACUGUUGAAAUUCCACUUUGCUUAGCGUUCUGUGGUCGUUGUGGUUGGCACGGUGACUGA